CGGCAUCGAUAUGAUGAUCCCGGAAGACGCCCAGAAUGAAGUUCUCGAGCAGCGAGACUCAGCUGUGGAUCUCGAAGCCUUCGUGGAACAGGACACUCGUGAGGUUCGGAGCAACGGCACCGUCAGGCAGUCGUCACACGCGGCGAGUGCCAAUGAUCUUCUCGAACGGCUCCACAUAGACAAUGCAACAGCAACUGAUGGGAGCCGAUGUGAUACAGGGAUGCCUACCUACGUUGAUGAGGCUUCCAUGAUAAUGGCCGUCGCUCUCAUCAAAGACGCACAUCAUGGCAUUCAGAGCGAAUUCAAAAUGAAUUUAGAUUCGGUACGAAGCUAUAGCAUAUACAACCAGUUCGUUCUUCGGAUACUGACGUAUUUCUUCAUCUGCAUCCACCACGCCCUAAUCUUCUUUGAAAGCCCAAUAGAUAACGGCUUAACCCUGCCAUAUUACGUGACGAUGAUGCUCGAACUAUGUUGUAUAGCCUACUACGUAUUCCGACUGGUGCACUACUCAACUUUCGUCGAUAAGCAACGCUUCUUCAGUGACACGAAGAUCCGGAUGAACCUUGCCCUCAUCGGGCUCAUAAUCAUCGACCUGAUUCAAUACACGAUCGCGAUCAAGUUGAACGGUUUCUCGCGUCGCUACACCCGAGUGCUACGUCCGCUAUUCAUUAUCAACCUGACAGAAAACAAACAGAUUCGUCGAGCCGUACGCAACAUUCGAAGAACUUUGCCAAAGGUCGUUGACGUUCUCAUCUUGUUUCUUCUGACGAUGUCGAUUUUCGCUCUGGUUUCGCUGAGAUUGUUCAGCGCCAAGGGGAUCAAGAGCCCUGACGGAACGCCAUAUUUCACCGAAGGCUUCUUCGAGAAUUUCUACCAGCUUUACGUUCUAGUUACGUCAGCGAACAACCCCGACGUAAUGAUGCCGGCGUACGCGCAGUCGCACUGGUAUGCCAUAUUCUUUUUCGUCUACCUGCUGGUGUGCAUGUACAUUUUUCUCAACAUCAUCUUGGCCGUCGUCUACAACAACUACAAGGAGCAUCUCAGAAACGAAGUGUGCUCGAUGGUCAUCGAGCGCCGGAAGAACCUUCGGAAGGCCUUCGACCUUCUGACAGCGACGCAGAACUCCUCGAACAGAUACAUUACGUUCGAGAUUUUCCAGAACGUCCUCAACAGGAUCGGAAUUCGCAAAGGCAAAACGGUCCUAGACAUAAUGUGGUCCGUUCUCGAUACGACGGACAGUCAUCGGGUCGAACGAGAAGACUUCGCUGCGAUCACCGAACUUCUGUCACUUCGAUUUACGCAGAGUUUCCGGCGGAAAAGUUUCUUCGAAAUGCGCUUCCCCGAUUCCUACAACUCAUCCCUGUCGCUAGCUUUCCGUAGAGUGGUUCAGAGCAAAUGGUUCCGGUACACGUUCGACUGUUUGAUUGUUGUAAACGCGUUUCUGUUGACCAUCGGCGAUGGCAGCCAAUUGGAAAUUCUGUUCCUUUUGGCUUUCGUGUCGGAGAUCUUAGCGAAGAUGUACACUUUCGGUUUCCACAAUUUCUUUAACAAAAAAUGGAACGUAUUCGAUUUCGUGAUCAUCGGUGCGGCGCUACUGGGUAGCAUAGUCGAAUCAGUGAUGAGUGGCUCCGGCGAUGAUUAUAAGUCGUUUGUUGAUAUAAUUUUAGUCGUUCGAUGUCUCCGUCUAGCGAAGAUCAUGAGCUCCAUCGAGCGGUUCCGUGUCAUCCUCACGACGAUUGGUCGAUUGCUGCCGUCCAUGGCGACUUUCGCAGGCAUUCUAUUCGGUGUUUAUUACAUGUUUGCCAUAAUUGGUUUGGAGCUCUUCGCCGGGAAAAUCAAGGAAGAGGAACCAGAUUGCGGAGAUCAUCGCUUGAACGGGUCAACGUUCGUGACGAGUCGGUACUGCGCGAACAAUUUCAACGAUGCCGCAUCGGCCUUCAUUUUAUUAUUCGAACUGAUGGUGGUCAAUCAGUGGCACGUCUUGGCUGAGGGAUUCGUCCUGGUCACCAGCAAGUACGCUCGUGCGUACUUUGUCAUAUUCCACAUGACGUGCGUGAUAUUAGUCAUGAACAUAUUCACGGCCUUCGUCAUCGAAGCUUUCAUCCUCGAAAUCGGAACGACGAGAUCAACGGUCGAGAGUCGAGUUGUAGAGAAGAUCGAGGAAUAUGAAAGGCGUCGCUGUGAGGAAAGUGGUUGUAAUCGUGCUCGUGCAGCUCCAGACAGCCGGGACAGUGACGACAGCGACCACGAAGAUAUAGAUUUUACCGGGACGACCUGCAGAAAUCAUGACGUUAAACUGAAAUAUAAGAAAAGUACUCGCUUCGAAGACCUUCUCAUGCGUAUGUUCAACGACGAAGUCGAUGUCAUUAAGCUCAACGAGAGCCUCAAGAGUUGACUCAGGUGACUUCCCCGAGCGGAUUAUUAUAUAAUUAAUUUUAGGACAAAGCUCCUUGAAUAGAGCUCCUCAUGCUCCAUCAAUGACAAAUUACGUUGCCAUGCUGACAAACUAGAGUU